AUGGAGAUCACAAGCCAGGAAAGUGGCAAUCCCAAAAACACCAUUCCCACUUGCAGUAAUAGCAACAAACGAGACGCAUUCCAGGAACUCGUUACCGCGACUACCACCAAGAAGUGCAAGACUACCAACGAUACCGCCAAAAACGACGACGACGAGGAGAAAAAGGAGGAAGAGGGAGUAGUGCAAGAGUUACCUCAUACUCCAACCACGACGAACGGCACUGACGACGACAACGCCACCGCUAAACCCACGACCACAAGCGCGACGACGACAAAGAGGAGUAGUGGGGAAUGCAAAACCGCCGCAACCCCCUACAACGACGACAAUGACAACGACACCGACGCAUAUCACACUAUGACGAGUAGUAAUGACGACAUCGCCACAGAACUUACUAUCGCCACCACAGCGACCGCGACCGCGUCAAAAAAGAAAAACAAGAAGAUCGUAUCAGCACCGCCUAUGAAGAAGGACAAGCACAUUGCUGAGAACAGCGUACGGAUUAUCACACCCACUCUAAACGCCAAGAACAGCCAGGGUAUGGAUCAGACCCUUCCUUUCACACCGCCCGCAUCCGCGUCCGCAUCAGGAUCUGAGGAAUCCCCAAAGCAACCAAUCGACGACGAAGCUGACAACCUCAAGGGACAUACGGAUGAGGAAUGGUUCUCGUUGAUGGGAUGGCAUUUUUCGGAGAAUAAAGAUCAUGACUUUGUUGACAAGCAUGGCAAGUUAUAUAACUAUGAAAACCACUUUGACCGGUUCGAGUUUAUCCAAGACAAGAUCCAGAGCCUGGUGUAUGACCGAUUGAAGAACAAAUAUGGAUUUGAACAGAUUGCUGUUGCUCAGAACAAGGGUACAUCUGCACCCGGCGGAGGCGAUCAUCACCGAUUCCCACGGAUAUUCAUUUCGUCUGGUGCACGUACAAACCCAACUAUGUUGGUGCUGGUACCAAAGAUGGGCGGAGAGUCACCUGGGCAGUGGGACAAGGACUUGUUCACGACAGGAGAAAAGGGAAACUUUUUGUUUGCAUCCCAGUUUCCUUAUAUCGACUUGGCGCUGGAGCAAGGAUGGGGUGUGGUGCUGUGUGACCCUAACGGAGGCGACCUUUAUGAUUCGGACGAGUACCGCGAGGCGCAUGUGCAGUACGUCUGGGACGACAUUGUCCAACCCUCGAAGGCGACGUGUGUGAUGUAUGUUGCCUUUGGUGAAGGAACCGAUGCAGUAUUGUCUAUCCUCGACAGCUCCCGCGCGGCGGAGUUCAGGGAACGAGUCAAGGCUGCUGUGCUACUGGAUGGAACUACAGGAGACAAACGGGAAGAGAAACUGGACCGUGCAUGGCUGAACAAACAUGCGCGUUCGUUCAUGGCCAAGAACGGAUCAUCGCCAGGUCGAAACGGGAUCAAAGUCAAUGGAGUCAGCAUGGCUUGUCCACGAAAACUCGAACUUCAGCUCAGUCAGGCAGUAAGAGCGCCUCCAGCACGAAAGGCAGCACCAAAGCCGGUUCACGAGGCGUGA